AUGUCUCUGGGGUCCAUUGGCCUGUUGCCCCUCAAGUCCUCAAAUGGACCCACAGCCCUGCAGCAGCAGCUGGGCAGCCUGCCCUGGCCCCUGCUGCCGGGACAGCGGCCAGGCGACAACGGCGUGGCAGCGCUGCUGGAGGCGCAGCACGCGCAGCAGGCUGUUCUCGAAUGGCGGAAGGCGCGGGUCAAUGGCAGUGAAGCGAUUGGUCCGCGAGCAGCUGCCACAAAGGUGGGUGUGGCGCCAGUGAUGGCAGCGCCGGCCACUGGGGAUGCGCAGGCGCAGCUGCCUGCGCCGCUGCCCUUCUGGAGCUGGAUGCAGCCCCAACAGGUGGCGGCAGCAGCAGCGGCAGUGCAGCAGCAGGCGCUGGCGGCGAGCAGGGUACAGCCCCGCUCGGGUGCCAGCGUAGCCACUGGGCCCAACCCAUUCAACCCAUUUGCUAUGGCAGCCGCGGCGGCUGCUGGCGCUUCUGGGCAGCAGCAGACGGCGGCGCUGCAGGAAGUGGUGUCCCUAGCCGAGGAGCGAGCCAACAUUGAGCGGGUGACUACCACCGGUCUUAUGAGCGGGUGA